ACUCAUCCUUAACAAUCUAUUCCAAAGCUGCUAAUAAGAUGAAAUGCCACCUAUUGUUGACAACCAUUGCUUCUACAUUCGCUAUAGAUGCUUAUGCUCCCAUUACUACCAUGGAUAUAUUCGCUACAGAUUUUCAAUUUUCAACUUUAAAUUUAAUUCCUUUCUUUAAGGAUGGUGAAAGGUAUCUCCACUUACCAAUUAAUCCUUCAUUAAUUCCUUUAUGGAUCACAUCUGUGUUUCAUCUUGUUCCAAUCAUUUUCAUUGUCUUCUCUUGGAGCAAUCAAACGCUUUUUGCUUUGAUUUCAGUUUGAACCAACAAUGGCCGAAGCAAUUGCUUUCGACAUCGCCACAGAGCUCAUUACUAAGUUGAGCUCUCGUGCGCUCUCUCAACUUCGACUGUACUGGAAUCUCAAACAUGACAUCGACCACAUCACACGCACAGUCCGUACAAUCAAAGCUGUGCUUCUUGACGCAGAAGAGAAAUCGGUGACUGACAAUCUCGUCAAAGUUUGGCUUGAAGAGCUGAAAGAUGUACUUUAUGAUGCUGACGACUUGCUCGAUGAUUUCUCUACCGAAGCUUUGCGGAAAGAUCUAAUGGGUGGGAACAAGCUGACGAAAGAGGUAUGCCUUUUCUUCUCAAGCUCAAACCAAUUUGCUUAUGGUCUCAAAAUGGGUCGGAAAAUUAAGGCCAUUAAGGCGAGAUUAGCUUCAAUUCGAAGAGAGGCCAACACUUUCCGCUUCAUGCAGCGUGAUCGCCCCGCGGAAACCUCUUUCAUGACUAAAAAGACGCAGCAAACACACUCUUUUGAGCGUGAAGAUGACAUAAUAGGGAGGGAUGAUGAUAAAGCAGCUCUUCUAAAACUCGUGUUAGAGUUUCAAAGUGAAGAGAAUGUUUAUAUCAUUCCAAUUGUGGGGUUUGGAGGGUUAGGGAAGACUGCUUUGGCCCAACUUGUAUAUAACCAUGAAAUGGUCAAAAAUCAUUUUGACUUAACGAUGUUUGCAUGUGUUUCAAAUUAUUUUGAUAUGAAAGUUAUUGUAGCAAACAUUAUCAAAUCUGAUCAAAAUCUUGAAAUGGAUGAAUUACAAAAACAACUUCGAGAUAAAAUUGAUGGGAAAAAAUAUUUGCUUGUUUUGGAUGACAUUUGGAAUGAGAACCCAGAACAAUGGUCUAGGCUAAAGAAGUUAUUGAUGGGUGGGGCUAAAGGGAGUAGGAUAAUAGUAACCACUCGAUCUCUAAAGGUAGCGGAGAUUGCUAAUAAAUGUGAAUCCCAUGUUUUGAAACUAGAAGGCUUGUCUGAUGAUGAUGCUUGGUCUUUGUUCAAAAAGAUAGCAUUUGAGCAAAGAUAUGCAGACUCAACAAAUUCAGCCUUUGUGGAAGUAGGGAAACAGAUUUCAAAAAGGUGUGGUGGGGUUCCCUUAGCUAUAAGGACGGUAGCUGGUAUGUUAUCUUUGAAAAAAACUGCAAAGGAGUGGCAUUCUUUCAAAGAUAAUGAACUUGCUAAAAUAUCAGAAAUUGAAGGAGAUAUUCUACCUACACUUAAGUUGAGUUAUGAUCAUCUCCCUUCCCAUUUGAAGCAUUGCUUUGCUUAUUGCCGACUGUAUCCAAAAGAUCAUGAAAUUCAUGUACAAACUCUUGUUCAAUUUUGGAUUGCACAAGGUUUCGUAAAGCAAUUGAAUCGAAGCCAAUCUCUUGAGGAGAUCGGGUUUGGGUAUUUUAAAGAUUUAGUUGAUAGAAGCUUCUUUCAAGAGGUAGUAGAAUAUGGAAUUGGGGAUAUGAGAUGUAAAAUGCAUGAUUUAAUGCAUGAUCUAGCUGAAUCUAUAGCAGGGAUAGAGAGUAGUAUUGUAGAUUCAGAUAAAACUGCAAGUGAGGUUGAUGAAAAGUAUCGCCACAUAUCAAUUAAUCCUUCAUUAAUUCCUUUGUUUAAGGGAAAAAAGUUGCGAACCUUGUUACAGUCUCCAAACAUGGGAACUCAAAAAUUGAGCGAAGAAACUUGGGAUUUUGUAAUUGCAAAUUGUAGAUGCUUGCGUGUAUUAGAAUUGUAUAAUUUAAAUCUUAAGACGAUUUCACCUUCCAUUUACAAGUUGAAACAUUUGAGGUACCUUGAUCUUUCUUUCAAUUUCGGUCUUCAGAUUCUCCCAAAGAGUAUUUGCAAGAUUCAGAAUUUGCUAGUGCUGAAACUUGAUUAUUGUAGUGGGCUUCAAGAAUUGCCAAAGAAGAUUGAAAAAUUGGUGAAUCUUACUCAUCUUGGGUGUGAAGGUUGUAACGACUUAACUCAUAUGCCACGUGGAAUAGGGAAGCUGACUUCACUUGAGACGUUAAGCAUGUUUGUAGGAGAUAAAGAUGGGUCCCAUGGCGGUGCAGAUCUAAGUGAAUUGAGAGAGCUUAACAACUUAAGGGGAGAGCUGGAAAUAAGAAAUUUGGGAUGCGUAAAACAUGCAAAAGAGAAGUUUAAGGCUGCUAAUUUGAAAGAGAAGCAACAUUUGAGAUCGUUGGUUUUACAAUGGCGUCGUCCUUUUGUUGAUGGUGCUGGUCAUGAUGACAAUAAGUCGCUUGAAUACCUCCAGCCCCAUCCUAAUUUGAAGAAGCUCUGUAUUGGAGGAUGGAUGGGUGAUGCCAAGUUUCCAAGUUGGCUUUCUUUACUCACAAAUCUCGUCAAAAUUACCAUAAGUGAUGGUAAUUUCAAACAUCUCCCGUCCUUUGCUCAAUUUCCUUGUCUUCAAGAUUUGGUAAUUUGUGGUUUAACUGAGCUGGAGUACAUGGAUGAUAAUAGCCCAAAAGGAAGUCAAGGAGAAGCACAAUUAUUCUUCCCAUCGCUUAAGGUUCUCUGUCUCUUGGACUGCCCGAAUAUGAAGAGCUGGUGGAGGACGACAAAACCAAUCGAUGAUGAUUCCAACGAGGACAACACAACAGUUAUGGGAACAUCAACCAUGGCAUUUCCUUGUCUUUCCUCUUUAACAAUUUCAAAUUGCCCUUUCACUUCAAUGCCGUUGUAUCCUUCACUCGAUGAUGAUCUAAGGCUGGUGGGUACCAGUCCAAGGCCGUUAAAGCAGACCAUGAAGAUGAACAUAACUAGUUCGACCCCAUCAAGUUCAACCUCUUCUCUUCCUCUCUCCAAAUUGAAAUCUUUAACAUUAGACAACAUUGAGGGAUUGGACACUCACACGCUAGAGGAGUGCCUGCAACAUCUCACCAGCCUCAAAGAUUUAGAAAUAUGGAAUUGCAAGGAGGUUGAUUUAGAGGGCAUGCAAUGGGAAGCCCUUAAGAAUCUCUCUGGUUUGGAGAUUUUGAAUAUUCCAAAGCUGGUGUCUCUCCCCCGUGGGCUUCAACAUCUAACAAAUCUGCGACUGCUUCGUCUCACUGAUUUGCCCAAUUUAACAUCGCUUCCGGACGAGAUGCGUUGCCUAACCAGUUUGGAGUAUUUACAAAUAACAGAAGUUCCUCAGUUGGAGGAAAGAUGUCGGAAGGACAGUGGCGCUGAUUGGCAUAAGAUUGCUCACAUCCCCAAGAUUCGAUUGUAUAAUGAGUAGUAAGGCAUUGGAGAAAGGCAUUUGUGAACUUCAAUCAUUUUAUAUGCAUAAAAAGAGGGCACUCUUUUAGCUGUUUGGAAUUCCAGCCAAAUUUGUUAUUGAAGGUCAAAACAGGAAAAAAAGGAAGAUGCUUCAAAAUAUUUGGUGGUGAGGUUGAAGUUGAUAAAAUGUUUCAUUAUUUAUAUAUCAACAGCAUUAUACUAAACACACAUAUGCGCAAAUAUAAGGCUGAUAAUGGUGAGCACUUUAGUUUUGAGGUGUAAAUAAAUAAUGGGAUUUGUAACAUAUUCUAUGUUGGCAUUUAUAAUUUUCAGGUUCAUGUUCAUUGUUGCUUUUGGAUGAGUCGUUGUUCAAGCAUGACAAUUGCCAGACAUAUUGCAUUUGAAAAUUUAUUAUUCCACUUUACACAGAGCUUAUUAA